AUGGUCUUGUCAGACCCACUUCCGAAAUACCAGUAUCGGGCAUUAGCACAUCCCAGCCAUAUUCGGAUACUGGUCCUUUUUCCGGCCUCGAACUACGAACUCAGCCUCGAAGCAUGGCUAAUCCACGUCGACAGAGAAGACAUCCUUCGAGGACGAACGGAGCCUUCCUGCUAUGAGGCGAUUUCAUACUGCUGGGGAGACGCGAUUUUCUCCCACUCGCUAACCUGCGACGAUCGGACAACACUUCCCAUUACCCGAAACGUGGAUAUAAUGCUUCGCCAUCUGCGGAAACGCCACGAGCCACGGUAUCUCUGGGUUGAUGCCAUCUGCUUGAAUCAGGAGGACGCCGCCGAGAAAGACACCCAGGUACGGCUCAUGGGUGAGAUCUACCAAGAGGCUACGAAGGUCUGCAUCUGGCUUGGCGAAUCUAAAGAGACCGACGGCGUGCCUCAAGUUCUCAGAGCCUUGAAGACAGUCGCCAUUAGAAUCCGACAUAAAGACCGGAGUGGCAUGGCAGCGCAGCAGCGUGAAGAGCUAAUCAGCGUCUGCGGAAGUGAAUAUCGCCCCAUGUUCCGAGAUUUCUUUUCUCGGCCCUGGUUUGGACGGCGCUGGGUGCUUCAAGAGGCGGUUUUCGGCCGAGACGUCAUGGUCCGCUGUGGCCACCACAAGCUAAAUUGGUCCUGGCUUGUAGCUGGAGUAGAUUGCCUCUAUUACCCUGGCAGAUCCGAAGAAGGUCCCAUAUCGGAUGACGCGUUCACCUCGGCCGCCAGGACGGUGAUGACGAUCCAUAACGGCACCAAGAUGGGCUUGCUGGGUCUCCUGUGGGAGCACAACCGCUCCGAGUGCUUCCUUCCCCAAGACAAAAUCUUCGCCCUGUACAACAUUGCGAAUGACGCCCAGCAAGUGUUGAACGUCGACUACACGCGCCACUGGACUAAAGUAUACACCCAAGUUGCCAGAGUCUACAUCGAGCGCAGCGGCUGCGUUAUUCUCAAGCAUCUUCUCUGCUUUGGA